AUGAAGAGGAAGUUACUGGCAGCUCGAACGACCGACCCCGAAAAGGGGGAGGAGGGCGGUCGCAUCUGUAUCACCAUCAUCAUCGGAAUCACCGUUAUCACCGUAGGAGACGAAGGGCCUCAUACACCGCCCUUUGAGCCAAGGGAGUUGACCAAGGAGGACCGGACAGAGGUCGAGAACACUAUCAAGGUACGCUUGGGUAUGCUCCCGACCCCUGCGCACUGUGAAGAAAAGGAAGAUUCUUCCAUCUCCUCUUCCUCCUCCUCUACGUUGCACGGUAAAUCACCGUCUCGUUCUCCAUCACCGGAGAGCACCACCGCCGCGGCACCGGUGGCCACUGAGUCCGACGACCAGUCGAGCCACGACAAGGGCGACUCUAGCGGUCGAGACGACAGCCUGAGGUCCAGUCGUCAGAACAGUAUGGAGCCACCUAAGGGCCGUGGUGGAAGGCAGGAGUCCUCCAGAGGAAGGGUUGAGGAUGGUAGAGUCUCCCUUGCUGAGACUGAGGAGGAGUCCUCAGUCGAUACUGGGGAGAGUGAGGAUGUUCCCUCUACUGUAGAGAGGGGUGGCUCGGGGCAGGAAGACGAUAGUGGCUCCGGUCUAGAGGAGGGCACUCCUAUGGCCGAUCCACUCCUUCACGGUACCGCCAGGGCUGAGACUGACAGUGUUGCGGACAGGGUUACCGUUGACGUUGGACUAUUUAUGCAUUUCGUCGACUCAUACAGUGUCAGUGGUGACAAUCUCAAACGUAUCACCCUUUCUAAUGAGAUCGAGCACGCCUUGGCCAGCUUCCAUCCGUACCACCUUGCUCACUGCCGCAUCAAGACUAUCGUCUUCGGCUCGUACGCCUACAAUUUGCAUCUGCCUUGGGCUAGUGAUUUGGAUUUCGUGUUGAUACCGACUAGAUCGAACCGUCGUCGGAACAGUGGUGAUGGUGGAUCGUCACCAAGCUCGGUGAGCUCAAGUAUGUGUGGCGGAAACCACAACCCUGAGAUUACAUGUACGCCCGAGGAGCGACUAAAGCUGUUGUACCUAGUAGCUCAGCACUUGGAGAGGAGGCUAGGUCAGGGUACUAUCGGGGAGAGGGUGGGUGUUUUGGUGAACACCCCUGUGGUCAUUGCAUCAUCGCGAAUUCCUUUGUUGACUCUACAGUGCAAGGGGCCGGCCCAGUCAGCAGCUGAGAAGAAAUGGUGCUCGACUUGCGAGGGCGGCUUUGGGGAGUGCUGUCCUCUACAUUCCUCGGUUAAAGUGCAGAUAUCUGUCACAGGACCGGCACACAGUGGUAUCGAGACUUCGGCGUACGUAGCUAUGCUCUGCCAGCAUUAUGAUUGCCUCCGGCCUCUGGUGUUGGUGAUAAAACACGUCUUGGUCUGUGACGGGCUGGUGACGCCGUACGAUGGUGGGAUGAGUAGCUACACGCUGGUCCUCAUGGUGGUAUCUUUCCUAAAUCAAUUUUAUGGCAAUAACGCUUCUCACCAGAACGUAUCAUUGGGUCAGCUCUUGUUGGGUAUGCUCUACUGGUAUGGUGGGGAGGAGGACCCUUGUGUGGAGGAGGCCCAUCUUGAGGGUGGCCGACAAUUCCUGGAUAAAGUCAAUCUCAUACUCUCUGACGGCACCUGCAUGCGGUCGUUCUCGGCGAGCCGAUUGGCAAUAAGGCCGGUCGCAGCGGAGACUCACUCGCACUUCUGUGAGCGGUCGGAGGACCCUAUCCUGGCCUCGCGGUUCGCUACGGACAUGAUGGUCAUCCUCGACCCUCUUGCUUUGAAUGGUGAUUACGUCAAUCUGGGUCAGUCAGUGUGGCGAUGGCCGGCGGUGGCAGCAGCAUUCCGCUGUGCUCGCCGCAGCUUUGAAUGUGGCGGUUGGUGGGGACAGAAAUAUGGUUUGGCGACUCCUCCUGUAUGGGUGGCAGCACGUCGGGCAGGGUUCCCCUCGCCGACCUUGAGUGGUGUGAAUGAGCCUAGGGCGAGCGCUACUUCCAUUCACACAGAGGACACCGCUAGGAAGACCGAGGCAACGGGGCCUAGUAGUGUAAGUACUGUGGGAUGAUUAACAGGGAUUGGAUGGACGACUUAAUAAUAAUUCACUUCACGUGUUCCUUUAUCUCUUCUGAAGGUUGCUCUCAUGCCUGCUGACCAGUGCUGUGAUGAGUGAAUCUGAAAUAGCCGGAAACAUCUACUACUACUAUUGUUGUUGUUAUCAGCAGCAUUGUGAGAUAUGGUCAGCGGCGUGGUUCACUGUACGAUAUCUAAAAGAAAAAAUCGUGCCUGUUCUUUUCCUCAUUGUAGUAUUGGUAUACCAUUGAGACGGUCCUUUACCUCAUAACGACUUCCAGUAAAGAUGUCCAUAAAUGUGCAUACUACUAUCAUUAUUAUUAUCUAUGACGAUGAGUAGCUCCUCAUCAUCUCUCUCGGUCAACGUCGCGCAGGCCCUAUUAGGGUCUAC